GUUGGGAAAACAAGUGAUUACCUUAGAAUUAGGGGCCUCACGACCAGUCCUAGUCAUACCCUAGGCUGAGAAUACAAGAAAAAACUAGCAGGCAGUAGUCUUACCAGACCUCAGUUUCCCCAACUGUCACAUUGGCCUGAUUGGGAACAGGGUGGGAGGUUCAGGUUUUCUUCCUGAGGUAAAGGGUACCUAUCAUUGACCAGAGGUGGGAAGUUGGAGGACAGUCAUCCUCAGCCUUCCUUGAGCUGCCAAAGCAAUUCUCUGGACUGAGGUUUCCCGGCCUUUUCUUCAUGGCCACUUUAUGAUCCCAAACUGACCAUCUGAGCCCCCGUCAGUCAAGAAGAAGUAGAAUGAGGAAUAGUAAAAGAGUGUCAGCCAGUUCCUUUUAAAAGCCACAUGAUACCCCACCCAGCAACCCCUGCUUACAUCUUAUUCAGUGCUGUGCCACGUGACUGCUGUAGCUGCAAGGGAGUCUGGGAAAUCUUUCAGCCCUGACCUCUCUUUCCCUCCAGGAACAGAUGCAACCCUCUUAGAGGCUACCAAAAACCCGGUUGAGGCGGCACGGCUCCACGGCCUCAAAGAGAUCCCCACAAAACUUCCUAAAGUCUGGCCUUCCAGGUCAAAAUCUGACACACACACAGCUACACGCGGCCACACAUGCACAACAAACAGGAAAUCCCAUCUCAAACAGGGGUCAGGCAGGGAGAGGCGCAGGACCAGGCUCACAGGAGGCCUGGCGCACCCCAGUGGCCGGGCUGCCGGCUCCUGAGGGGCGCAGGGCUAGGCUACAGGUGGGGGCUGCUGAGGGCAGGAGGACGUUGCGCAUGCCCACUGCCCCCGCCCCAGCCGCCGGGGGUCGGGGGAGCUGCUGCGCCCCUGGUCAGUCCUGUCAUAGUUGCCUGCCGCGUCCCAGCGCAACAGCCUCUCUCAGGACACAGGUGAGCGGGCCGCCGGCCCCUGGCCCUCCCGCGCCGUCGGUGAGGGGCCUUCCCCGGCCGCCUCCCCUCCUGGGAGCGCGAGCCCUUCAUCGGCCGGCUUUGUGAGGGUGUCCGCGCGCGGCGGGAAGCGGGGCGCCUACUCCAGACUAGGGGUUGAGAAGGGACAAUUGGGCCUCACCCUCCACACGGAGGCCGAAGUGCACUCACGGCUCAGGGGUCCCCUCGCCACCCCAGGCCUUACCCCUCACCUGGCUUCGUCAGGGAGAGCACGACCCGGGUGCCCAGGCCGCCCCAAGCGGGCCCCGGCCAGGCAGCGGGCGCCACCCGGAGUGGCCUGUCCCACUAGAGCGGAGCGCUGAGCCCUGGUUCUGUGAAGUCUCUCGCCAGCUGUGUGACCUCGGGUCAGUCCCGGUCACCUCACUUCUCCGAGCCUGGCUGCUCUGCGUGGGGAAAGCGAGCGUGGUGACGAGACCUCGGCCUGCCCUGGGGGUGGCGGUCGGUCGGGGAACAUAACCACCCCACCCCACACCCCCAUCCGAGAAUGUUUUGAGCACAUUCUGCCUAGCAGGUACUGGGCUGGGCUGGGCUGGGCUGGGAUUCAAUAGUGACCAAAACAGGCACAAUCCCACCCUUCCUCCACAAUGGGGUGAGAGUGCUAAAAGGGGCAGGAGUUCUUUGCUAGGGUGAGGAAAAAGUUCUAAAAUUUGAUUGUGGUAAUGGUUGCACAACUCUGUGAAUAUGCUAAAAUCCAAUGAAUUGUACACUUUAACGGGCUAAGCUAUAUGGGAUGUAAAUUACAUUUCUAAAGCUGUUUGAAAUGUCCUGCCUUCACAGUUUAAGUGGUAGAUGAAAGAGGAGAGUGAAGAGAGGUGGGUGGAGAGAGAGAGAGGGGCAGGAACUAAGAAAACUACAUAAAUCAUGUAUAUUGCAUGCAUAUUAGAAGGAGGUCAGGACACAAUAGCCACUCAAUAAGUGUUGAUCCAUUGACACCCUGCUGUCUUUUUGCCCCCAGAUGGUCUCCCCUAACCCUUUGUCUUGCUUCUCUUCCCAUGUGCAGGGUCUGCUGUCCACAUCUCUCUGCUAAGUUGCCUGCUGAAGACAUGGCACGGUUAACAAAGUCUGGCACCAUUGACUUGGGCCUGGGUUCAUGGAACCUUACCUCCCAGGAAGACCUCCAAGGGGCUGGAGCACACUGCAGGGGUUCUGGCAAGCAGCUGCCUGAGUACAAGGCGGUGGUGGUGGGUGCAAGUGGUGUGGGCAAGAGUGCUCUGACCAUCCAGCUGAACCAUCAGUGCUUUGUGGAGGACCACGACCCCACCAUCCAGGAUUCCUACUGGAAAGAGUUGGCCCUUGACCAGGGGGGCUACAUUCUGAAUGUGCUGGAUACCGCAGGGCAGGCCAUCCACAAGGCCCUACGUGACCAGUGCCUGGCUGCUGGUGAUGGUGUUCUGGGUGUCUUCGCUCUCAAUGACCCCUCCUCGCUGACCCAGCUGCAGCAAAUACGGGAUACCUGGGGCCCUCACCUCAAGCAGCCCCUUGUCCUUGUGGGCAACAAGUGUGACCUUGUGCCCACCACUGGUGAUGCUCAUGCUGCUGCUGAAGCCCUUGCCCAGAGCUGGGGGGCACCCUUCGUGGAGACCUCAGCUAAAACACGGCAGGGUGUGGAGGAGGCCUUUUCCCUGCUUGUCCAUGAGAUCCAGAGGGCUCGAGAAACCAGGGCAAAGGAGGCCAAGGCAAGGCCAAGUGGGAAGCACAAGACCAUGUGCCGCUGUGGCUGCUGUGUGGCCUGAACGCCUUGGUCAAGAAAAGCAGACCCUCCCCCAACCCAGGGUGAUGGUUCCCUUGACAUGAGACCCCUGAAGUAGCUAGCUAUAUGGGAUACUGUUGGUGUACUGGAAAUGGAUGGACACUACUCUUGUUUUCACUUGGUGAGGGGCUUUUUGGUAAUGUGGAUGUCUCACGUUUGUUAUGUUAAGUUGAGAGAUUUUGUACAAAAUUAAAUAAAUAGUGUUCUCGAAU